UUGAGAAAUUAAAAAACGAAAAAUAAAAAUAUAUAGUGAAAAAAAUAAGCAAAAAAAGGCAUAUCAUAUCAUAUCAUAUGUGGUAAUUGUGUUUAUACUAUUGCUUAAAAUAAAUUAUAAAGAAUACAUGUAUUUAUGGAAAAUGUAUAUAUCACAAUUAUUUCUCUCUGCACCAAUAUGGCCCAAGAUUACAAGGAACACUUUUUGAGUUUUUUUUUUAAAAAAAGUAUAGAAUUAAUAAUCAAGAAAAGGAAUUUUUUUUUUUGGUCAUUUUGUACUAAGGUUUAUUAUUCUUAGUUGUAGAUACUUACAUGUGAAAAUGAGUGAAGAGCAUUUAGCCAUUGUCCCUUCUGAUAGAGCUGUUGAACAGGCAAUAAUUGCGCUGAAGAAAGGCGCGUUAUUGAAGUAUGGUAGAAGAGGGAAGCCCAAAUUCUGCCCUCUCAGGUUAUCCGCGGAUGAGAAGUUUUUGAUUUGGUAUUCGGGUGAGAAGGAAAACAAACUGAGCUUAAGUGCAGUUACAAAUAUCAUCCGUGGCCAAAACACUGUAAAUCAACAGAAACAACUUAAGGCAGAGAUGGAUAGUCAAUGCAUUUCUCUAAUAUAUGGAAAUGAUGAUCAUUCUCUUGAUUUGAUAUGCAAGGAUAAAGUUCAGGCUGCGACAUGGUUUCUAGGAUUGAGAGCUGUAAUAUCGCGGAGUAGACAUGGACUAGUGGACCAUAUGAAAAACAAAAGAGGAGUGCAAAGUUGCAUCAGUAGUCCAGUAGGUUAUUUGAGGAGGAAACAUAAUCUUGGAUUUUCACUGAAGAAAAGCAGAUCUUCUCAGGUUCUUGAUGUCUUUUGUUUAUCAAGUUCUGAAUGUUUCUUUCACCUUGUUAUUAAUGUUCGAAGCUUUUCAAGGAGUCCCACUCGAUCAUUUUCAGAUAAGUGUAAUGCUGAUGGCGGCUUAUCAUGUUCCUCUGACAUCUUUCUUCCUCUAUCAAGUGUGCACAACGGAAUGGAUAAUGUCAUCGCAAAUUCUUCAUCAGACGAUCCAAGACAGAAAAGAGCAACUUGUGUUGACACUGCUAUCCAGUAUGUUUUAAGGGAUGUUUUUAUUUGGGGAGAAGGAGGAUGUUUUGGUGAUGCAGGGGAAGUAAAGAUGGAUGCUUUAUUACCCAAACUUAUGGAGUCAACUACGACGCUUGAUGUACAAACAAUAUCAAUUGGGAGUGGUCAUGCUGCCUUAGUCACCAAACAAGGUGAAGUUUUUUGCUGGGGUGAAGGAAAGAAUGGAAGGCUUGGACAUAAAGUUGAUAUAGACAUUUCAUGUCCAAAAAUCGUCGACUCCCUUAAUGGGGUUCAUGUAAAAUCUGUCAGUUGCGGUGAAUACCAUACAUGUGCCUUGACAACUUCAGGUGAAUUAUAUACAUGGGGUGACAAUUUAGUUGUUGAAAGAAAGACAAGAAGCUACUGGCUUCCAAGCAGAGUUUGUGGUUCUUCCGAUGGUGUGAAAAUAUCUCACGUCGCUUGUGGAGUAUGGCACACAGGACUUGUGUCAACAUCUGGACAACUGUUUACUUAUGGAGAUGGAACUUUUGGUGCUCUUGGUCAUGGAAAUUGCAAAAGUAUGGCUCACCCGAAAGAAGUUGAGUCCCUCAGAGGUUUGUGUGUGAAAUCUGUUGCUUGUGGACUGAGGCAUACAGCUGCAUUAGUCGAAAUAUCUGUUCAUGAUCACCUUAAAUCCAAUCAUUGCAGUGUGAAGCUUUUUACAUGGGGUGAUGGGGAUAACGGAAACCUUGGUCAUUCUGAUAAUGAGAUGAAGCUUUUACCAACACGUGUUUCUCAACUUGAUGAUCAUGAUUUCAUUCAAGUUACCUGUGCAAGCACCUUAACCGUUGGUCUGUCAAACACCGGAGAGGUUUACACAAUGGGAAGUUUGGUGGAUAGACAGGCCAAAGAUAAAUCACUAGUCGCGGUGCAAGAGAAACUUAAAGACAAGUUUGUUACACAGAUAUCCUCAGGAUCUAAUCAUGUUGCUGUGCUUACAUCAAAGGGAAAUGUGUACACUUGGGGUAAAGGUUCAAAUGGACAGUUGGGGCUAGGCGAUACGAAAAAUAGAAACUUCCCAGCUUUAGUUGAGGGUUUAAGAGACAGACAAGUGGAACAUAUUGCUUGUGGAUCAAACUCCACAGCAGCUAUAUGUUUGCAUAAAUCGAUAUCAAGUAGUGAUCAAUCAGUUUGCAGGGGAUGUGGCACAACUUUUCGGAUUACAAGAAAGAAACAUAAUUGUUACAAUUGUGGUCAUUCAUUUUGCCAUGCAUGCUGCAGAAAGAAAACCACAAAUGCAUCUCUAAGCUCAGACAAAACCAAAACUUUUCGAGUAUGUGAUCCAUGUUUCUGCCAACUUCGUAGAGCAUCCAAGAAGGAAAAGCAUAGCCCCAGACAAGCUAUUGAUAACUCACAAGAGUCAAAUAGUAUAUCGAGUCGAAUGAUGUCAACUAGAAAGUAUUCUAGUGAGAACAAUCAAUGCUUAGAUCCCAUUGAAUCUUUGUUGGAUGAUUUUCCAAGAUGGGGACAAGUUCCUUGUCCUGAAUUCCUCAGAAGAGGAACAGAACACUCAAGAAAUUCAUCACCUUCCCCAACCGCGCGAAUUAUGCAAGAUAAAUUGUCUGAAUCAAAUAAGUUCCUCCUUGAACAAGUUUCUAAGCUAAGAACUCAGGUACAUUUCCCAUUUUCUGGUUUUCUUAAAUCAUAA